GGCCAGGAAGGAAACGUUCGCUGCAGAAACAAUAGACUUGUGAGCGGCGGGUGUGCAGGAAAAAUAAGAUCUUAUUCCGCGGAGAUUUCUCACAUCCUCCGAGUCACACAAACACAACUACACGCAUCCUAACAUGAUGACACCUCCACCCAGAGCCAGAGAAACCUGCUAAACCUCCUCAGUGCUGCCGGGAAAGGCGAUCCAAUAAACUCGCCACCCCAGGCGCAGCAUUGAGAUCUCCCCCUUAUUACGUCUAAAUGAUGCUCCUCCAUUCACACUUCCCGUCUGCAGGAUAACAUUCAAACUUGCCUUCCCUUCCCAGCACCGUCCGGGGCUAUAUAGGGUUGUUGUAUCAUUGCAGGGGAGACAUGGAGGAUGCAGCGGUUGGUCAUUGCGAUGAAUCAUCUUCUGAAGAUCAUAAUCGACCUGGGAAUGGCAUUCUCCUAGAUAUUGUAAAUGGGUGUCAUUUAUCCCAUACAGCAGUUUUGGCAAAAGCUGUGGCAAGUGACCAUUUCCAACUGGAGGAGAGUGUAAAAUCAGAAGAUCUUCUGAACAAUAACAAGGAGGUAUCAGAACAAGACUAUUUUACCAACCAAAGAAUUGUAUCUUCAGGGGAUUUUUCCACAGUCAGCGAUCAAAUAUCAGCUGCCAACAAUCCGAAAGAAUCAUUUCUUACAUUAUCUAAAGACAGGAACAGCACAGAAUAUAAAGAGACGCUUAAUCACUUGCGUGACUCAUGUCAGACUACAGAUAAAGGCAAAAUACAAGAUGGGAGAGAACUGUGUAACGUGCAAUCAAAACAAGCUUUAUCUGAUUACACCUUAAAAAAUAACAUUAGUAAAGAUAUUUCAGAGAGCAGUGAAAUAUUUCAAGGAGAGCUGCAGUAUGAAGAGUUCGACAAAGAUACACACAAUCCAUGUGAAGUGAAUAUGUCAAAGCUUCAGGAAAAUUCUGAGGAUGAAGAGGAAUCCUAUGCAACAGAGUCUAUUUUAGGUGAUUGGCUAAAAGAUAAAGAACGCUUGGAAAUAAAUAAUUUCAAAGAAACUUCUGUGUCCGAUUCUGACAUGUUCAAGAGAGACUUGCUGGAUGAAGUCACAAAACUUAACAUUGAGUCGACAAGAGAAAGCUUAGAUCGUAAACCACAAGGCUGUGAUAAAACAAUUCAUACGGAAAACCAUGUCAACAACCAUGCUGUGCACUUAAAACUUAGCAAAUUUGAUAUUCCUUCUACCAAACAAAAAGAGUCUUCUAGCAUGGAGCAAUGUGAUGUACUGGCACACAAUGUGUGUGAGAGUGAAGACAGCUAUAAAAAUAAUUCUCUUGAUUUUCAGACCAAACGAUUUGGGCUAUGUUUACCAAAAAACGAUAGUACCAAAAGAGGCAAGCGGAAAAAGGAGCAUCGAUCACUAAAAUGUGGACGAUUGCAGCCAGUUUUGCAUGAGCUAGAGUUUGUGGAAGAGGAGGACCUUUCUGAGAAGGAAGAAAGUAGUGAAGAGGAUAACAUGGACAAUUCUUUUCAUUACAGCUGCUCAAAAGACGGGCUUGAUCACAGAAAAGAAAGACAUCAGUACGUUUCAGAUAAACUGGACCCUGAUGUUUUACAAUUGCUUGAAAUGCACCUACGCAAGCAACAGCUUGUUGACAUCAAGGAAGAAGGAGAAGAAGAAAUGAUAGAUGUGCACAUUAAUAAAGAAAUGACACGUUCAGACUCUUACAAAUUAUUGCGUAAUAUACCUCCAGUUCUGGAUAUGGUUCUGGAAGAACCUGAGCUGGAACAUGCUGGAGACAUGUUAGAAGAUGGCAGCAAAACACCUUCUGAUAUAGACUCUGAUGACAGCAGUAUUGUCUGCUCUAUGGAAUUAGGUCUCAUGGAAUCUCUACAAAAUGAUUUAAUGAGUAAAAGUUCCAAGAUAGACAAACAUGAGCUAGCCACAAUUCUCUCGGAAACAAGUCCUGAUUGUCUGUCCAGAGGAAAUAAAAGCAAACAAAGGGAAGACGCCUCCUGUCAUAGUGAAUGUAAACCUAAACAUGGAAAUGUUCAAAAUCAGGAACCAAAGCCUCAGGAGGUACAAAUGAAAGAUCCAAGCAGUCAACCGAUAAUACACGAGGAUGGUCCUGAAGAUCUAGGAUCUGGCAUUGCUUCACAAGUUGUUGAAGCUGUAGAAGAUAUUAGUACAUCAUUGUACUCAGAAUCCAAUUUUUCUGAAUUAUUAAAGGACAUACCUGAACAACCCUUGGCACAUGAAAAAGAAACAGUAGAAGCACCAAUUAUUGAAAAUACUGACUUAACUGAAGCUGAGGCUGACCAAAGCUUAGACCUUCCAUCAUUAGACCUUGCCUCAGAUGUAACCCAGCAGAAAGAAUCGGAGUCAGAUACAGAAGUUGACGAGUCCAAAUUGCUUGAUAGUAGUACAUUUAAUGAUUCAGAAACCGUUUUGCCAGACUCUGCUAAGGCUGAAAACGCCUUAGAUUCACCAUGUCCUAUAUUUGACGGACAUGAGGAACCACAUGUACUUGGUCUUGAAUCUAGGAUACCCUCUGAAGAAACAGAUGGCUGUUAUCCAGGUGAUGGAGAGGAUUUUGGAAAGGAAAAUGACCACUCAGAGCAACAUGAUGGUGUAAACAGAUUUCUGACAAAUCAACAGUUAGAUCUAACAGGUGUCGACAAAGAUCUAAAAACUAUAAAGGCGAAUGUGAAGUCUCAAACGGAAUCUAGUUCUUCUGAGGCACCCUUUACUGCUGACAUGAAUACACUACACGAAGACCUCAAGCGAAAGAUCUUGUCUCUGCUAGAGAAGGCUCAUGCUGCUGACUGCAGAUCCUCUCACCUUCAAGCUGAAGCUGAGCUUCUGUUCAAAGAGAGCAUAGAGCUAAGACAUGAAUGUAAAUCCCUGUCAAAGGAGGCAGCUGAACUGCUAUCAAUAGUCACUCAGCAGGAAAUUCUACAUGGGUAUGGAAAAUACAUGCACCAAAGGAGGCAAAGCCUACAAGAUGCAGAGGCUGAAAGUAGUCUUUGUAUAAGUGACCAUAAACCAAGAACUAAGGAAACACUAAGUUUUGUUAGUAAACGUACCUCCAAGAAGAAGGCAGAGAGUCAGCUUCAAACACUAAGCAAAAAAUACAGCUUUUUACGGCAAGAGGCACCUGAGAUCAUGAGAGAGCUACAUGUCCUACAGCAGGACUUGAAGAACCUUCCUCCACAUCACAGCAAGCCUAUUGGCUUCCUGUACAAAUGGCUGUGGGGUGGCCUGAUCGCUGGUAGUACCAUGUUCCUUGUUUGGUGGAGCACAAAGCAGCUUGGCUAAGCCUGCCGGCUGCCUCUGGGAGAUUCAAUGCUUUCCUGGUGAAGAUAAACUGAAGGCACUGCACAGACCAUGCUGGAUCAGGCAUAAGACUAACAACUAGUUUAUUAUUGUGUUUUAAGUGUGAACCUUUUCCCAUUCCGGAGCGACUGCAAUUCACUGUGUCUCAGGCUUUUCUGCCGAACAACUGCUGAAGAAUGGGGGGGGGGGGGGGGCAAAUACAACAUAUCAACAUUAUCCAGAAAGCUGGCAUAGUGUUUGUCUUCAACAAAUGUUCUACUGCUGGAAUCCAAACAACGCCGCUCAAGUUGUGUGCCGCUGGCAAACAUUUGAAGUCGUCGCCCAUGCAGACUUCUGCAUCGCUUCGAAUUGUGAAGUACGUUCUUGGGAUGUGACGAAGGUUUCCAUGUGAACUUUUUUCAAUUCAUUCUUAUUAAAUUUGAACUUUUGUUCUGAAGGUCAGUAAAAGGUCAUUAUAUUCAAAGGGGAUACCCAUUUUCCCAACUUACAGCAAAGGAUCCUACCACUCCCAGCUGACCAAAGAUGUUGUUCUGAAGAGAUCAGUGCUCUCGUUUUUAGUCUCCUGGAAAGCAUCCACAGAUAGACGUUUAAAAUUCUGCCGAAAGAAGGAAAUCUGCCGUUCUUAAUACAUACAAGGACCAAUGAAGACUGACAUAUUCUGCUCGUCAAAGGAAGAGAGCAGUAUGUUUACAAAGGAAAGCAAAAACUAACACAAUCUGGAUAGAAAUGUAUUAUUAUGUAUGUCGUUAUUUUUUUUUUUUUUUUGAAGCAGUUGAACAUAAGCGAUGCUGAAAUGAACUCUAACAUUGUAUAAGUAGAAAAUAGCAUGAUCACUUUUCUGGUAAUGUCAUAUUUUGCUAUAACACAACUAUUACGAAAUGCAGUUUCUCCACAGCUGUUUUAUAUUGCUGCCUUGCUGUGUGCUUUACCUAUUAUUCUUCCCUUCUGCCUUUCCAGACAGAUGAUAUAUACACUACAGACAUGGAAUGCCAUGCUAUCUUGACUAUUGUGCCGUAACUUAUUGAACUGUGGAAUCUAUGGAAUUUUGAUAUGCAUCCUAUAAUUAAUAUGAUUUAUACAUCUAGUCAGGAGAAAUAUUUGGCCUUCUUUAUGUCAAUCCAGCAGCAUUAACGUGCCCCAAGUACUAUAGCUGACAAUUUUUCUUUUUUUUUUAUGCCAUAAAUGGAGCAAUGAAGUAAAAUGAGCCAUUGGCAUACUUUCAGAAUUUAUCAAUUAGAGGGGUCGGAAUAAUGUUUUUUUACAGACAAUUGUGCUUCGUACAUCACUCAUUGCCUUGGUCACUCCUGAAUACAAAUUAAAACACAAACACCCUGCAAAAUGGAAGCUUUAUACUUUCCUGUUUGUUGCAUGGUGUGGUAAAGUAUUCACUUUUUCAGACAAACCAACACCAAGUGGAUUCUCCACUGACAAAUGUUGGGUGGCACGCUUUAAAAUUUUCCAUGGACAAGUCUGUUGUCGGAUGAUUGCUGUUUUUCAAGCGAUCGGAAUUUCCGCUAACAGCCUGUCCUCACACAAUUCCCCUCGGAAAAUCCGAUCGUGUGUAUGAGGCUUUACAGUUCGACCAUCGUUGGAGGCAAGUACAGCAGAGAUCUGGAGAGUGCGGAAGGUGAAAAGGUGAUCUAAUACUUGAGCAGCUCUGGGCACCAAUGCUAGCCAACACUUAUGUUGAAUAAAGUGUGCCUUGUUGAACACUGAGGUUCCUCUCAUGGACCUCUACAUCACUACUAUCCCCUGUAGGGACCUAGGGUUGGAUGGGAGAAACCACAGCACUCUGCGGGGAAUAGAUAUUGUUGGGUUGAGAAAUGUACCAGAGUCUCAAGCAUGUUUUGGCUUUAGAGAGGAAGGUCCUGCCACCAGAGUGCUGGAGAUGUUCUCUCUAUAUAUUGCUGUCGAGAAUUUGGCUACACCCUCCAGCAUAAAUCUUCAGCAUUCGUCACUUUUAGGUUCAGUGGAUGCCCGCGGUUCCCCGCCACAUGCUGUAGUUUCUGCUUCCAGCCACUGCUAACUGUUGUGUCCCAAGGCACUGAAAGAGUUUUGCAAAAUACCACAUACCGUACCCAUCUGCAGGUUACAUUUCCCAAAUCACCAUACUUUAUUAAAAUAUAGUUUUAUCUGCUAUACUAAAAUACAAAUGAUAUGUGCUUUAAAAGAACCAUAUAUAGAUCACUUUAUGAUUAUUAUUUUUAUUAUUAUUGUGUAUUUGUUUUACAGAGAGUUCUUUAAUGAGCUCAUGGGAGAUAAACAAUCACAUUGAGCUUAUGCACUCUUCUUCUAUUGGUACUUAGAUUCUAACCAAUUUAAGCCAAUAUUUUCUCCAAAAAGCACAGGAAAAGUAGAAUUCCAGCUAACACCUAACAAGUCCUCAAAAUGCUCCCUCCCUACUCCUAACACCUAUACUACAAACUAACCUGUGUAAAAAAGAUUAAUAUGCUUACCUAUUUUCAGCCAGUCUGGUCAUGUGAUCUGCCUCCCCUGUGUCAGCCAGUGGCGACUUCAGACGACAGAAGGGACUGCCAACAACGCUGUACCUUGGGAGCCUAUGAGUGAUGUCAUGGCUCCUGGCUUUCCCAGUUGUUGCCAGGCACUCUUUACAUUCCCCUGUAGCCACCACUGGCUGACACAGGGGAUCACAUGACCGGAGAAACCUCAAAAUAGGCAAGAAUAUACAUAUUUUUGAGACAGAUUAGUUGGUAUAGGUGUUAGGAG